GUCCUCCACCACUCUAUCAGUCUGUCUCUCUAUCUGUCUGUCUGUCUCUCUGAUAUGGAGGGAAGUCCUCGGAAAAUCCAGUUCACAGUUCCACUACUGGACUCUCACCUGGACCCUGAAGCUGCUGAACAGGGGGUGUGAUGGAGGCGGUGGUGUGUAAUGAGUCCAGGAUAAAGAUCAGAAGGAGACGGCCGACUCCUGCCACGCUGGUUGCAUCCAGUGACCCAUCGUCUCCAGAAAUAGAUGAAGAUCGUCUCCCACACCAGCUGUAUAAGCAGGCCUUGCUGAAUUCACCACGGCAGAGACGGAGAGGUGUGAAGGGAACUCCAACCAUGAAGGAGCUGCAGUUCCUGGUAGAACAUCAUGUGUAUCAGCAGUGCUCGGCAUCGGCAGCAGACGAGUCAUCAGAGAGCUGUGUAUCGGAUGUGGGCGGAGACGAUGACACUGAAGAGCAUGAUGGGAGUUUGAACUCUAAAGAUACGGCGCAGGAGUUUGAGAAGCUGCGAUGUCAGAUGGAGGCUUUUUCCAGAGAGAGUUUAUCAGAUGCUGCAGAAAUUGAAGCCUGUUAUUCUCAGGACAAAUCUGCCUCUCAGACAACAACACAGACCACACACACAGAAACAGAUCAGAAGAAGGAAAUAAAACACUGAUGAUGAAGAUGAAGAUAAACAGAUGGAGUCAUACUACAGACAAUCUGCACACUUUAUUCACUAAAUAUUAAUGCUAAUUAAACAAACACAAUAGGAGGUUAAAAACAAGGGGGUGGGGUUACUGUGAAGGGUGGGGCUGUCACCUGUAAUCAGCCACACCCCAUCACCCUCACUGUAAACUUCUGAUCAGAUCUGAUUUUCACUUUUCCUUCUCUCUCUUGUUCCUCCUUUCACUCAUUUUUUCUGCAUUUACAUUUUCAACACCAAACUUAUUAAUGAUUAAUAAUGAUCACAGUUCCUUUGUGCUCUGUGUGUGUGUGUGUGUGUGUGUGAGAUACAACAGAGUGUGUGUUUGACUGAAACUGAAACACACACCAUAAUAAAAUAAUAAAGUAGUUGAAGAAGAAACUCAUUACUGUUACAUUAUUUUGAAAAAAAAAAAGAAUGUGAUCUUCUGCUAUACUACUAAAAUAAUUAAUUAAUGUAGUAAUUAUAAUAAACUCCUCUCCGACACUGCACAUGACUUCAUCACAUUAACAACUAUACACACUUAUUUUUACUUUAUUAAUGAACUCUGACAUCUCUGACAUCCCCAUUAACACGUAACCAAGUUUGUGUGUGUGUGUGUGUAAUGUGGUUGUACAUGGCAGUGUUAUAAAGGUGUGUAUUAAAAAUAAUAAACUCAGAAAUGUGUAGAAUUAAUUCUGCAUUACAGCUGCAGCACCACAGAUCAUCUUCUUCCUCAUCUCUCCUCCUCUUCUUUUUCCUCAUCUCUCCUCCUCAUCUCUCCUCCUCCUCUUCCUCAUCUCUCCUCCUGCUCUUCUUCCUCAUCUCUCCUCCUGCUCUUCUUCCUCAUCUCUCCUCCUCCUCUUCUUCCUCAUUUCUCCUCCUCCUUUUCCUCCUCAUGUCUCCUCCUCCUCUUCCUCCUCAUGUCUCCUCCUCCUCUUCCUCCUCAUGUCUCCUCCUCCUCUUCCCCCUCAUGUCUCCUCCUCCUCUUCUUCCUCAUCUCUCCUCCUCCUCUUCUUCCUGAUCUCUCCUCCUCCUCUUCUUCCUGAUCUCUCCUCCUCCUCUUCUUCCUGAUCACUCCUCCUCCUCUUCUUCCUCAUCACUCCUCCUCCUCUUCUUCCUCAUCACUCCUCCUCCUCUUCUUCCUCAUCACUCCUCCUCCUCUUCUUCCUCAUCUCUCCUCCUCCUCUUCUUCCUCAUCACUCCUCCUCCUCUUCUUCCUCAUCUCUCCUCCUCCUCUUCUUCCUCAUCACUCCUCCUCCUCUUCUUCCUGAUCACUCCUCCUCCUCUUCUUCCUCAUCACUCCUCCUCCUCUUCUUCCUCAUCUCUCCUCCUCCUCUUCUUCCUCAUCACUCCUCCUCCUCUUCUUCCUCAUCUCUCCUCCUCCUCUUCUUCCUCAUCACUCCUCCUCCUCUUCUUCCUCAUCACUCCUCCUCCUCUUCUUCCUCAUCUCUCCUCCUCCUCUUCCUCUCCUUCCUUUCUGCACUCUUUUAUUAGGUAAAUGCACUUUUCAUGCAGUUUCUUGUCCUGUCUGUGUUUCAGAUUCAUCUCUGAAAUCAGACACACCUAUAGACACACAGAGACAGACAGACAGAGAGACAAACAGACAGUUUAUGUACAAAAUCUAUAAAAUACAUUUCUAUUUUUCUGUUCUGGAUGAGAAAUC